AUGUCCGAGCCCGAUCUGCACCAUGCCAUAUCCAUGAAACCGCAUCCCUUCCACACACAUCCACAUCCCGACCGCACAUCGAGCCCACACGUGCAUCAUCAUCAUCACGGCCCUAGCACCAGCAACAACAACAACAACAACAACAACAACAACAACAGCAGCACCAGCGGUGCUAACGUCACCCUCUCUGAUGGCGCCGCCGCCAAUGCAAAAUCUGGGGCCAGCAGCACUGCCAUUCAACGCUCCCCCUCAACCACCACCACCAGCGACCAUCACGCCCGCCACGUUCCUGCUGGCACACGCGCCGCCGACCUAGAAUCGCAGUCUCCGCCCGCCUACACGCCCGACACGGACCCCUACAAGCUGUCGGCAGCCCUUAAGCCCGAAUCAGAGCUCGCCCUCAUCCGCGCAAACACGUCGCGCAAGCGCGAUGGCUGCGGGCCCAUUACCCUCACCAGCAAGGCGCGCACCGCCAAGAAGCUCGAGGAGUUCUACGCCGCCCAAAACGAGAAUAUAGAGCGCCUGCUCAAGCCCGUCGAUGACCAUCGCCGCGCCGCAAAGGAAGAAGACCAUGCCAACCAUCUCAAGUACAAAAUCGCCGUCAUUGGCUCCUUUGUCGCAAACAUCAUGCUCGCCGUGCUGCAGCUCUACGCCGCAAUCGCUUCAAAGUCGCUGUCGCUCUUCACCACCAUGGCCGACUCGCUCUUCGACCCCCUCUCCAACCUCACGCUCAUCAUGUGCAACCGCGCCGUAGCCCGCGUCGACGCACGCAAGUUUCCCUCGGGCAAAGCGCGCAUCGAGACGGCGGGAAACCUGUGUUUCUGCGCCCUCAUGAUCACCGUGUCGGUCGUCAUCAUUGUCGAAUCCAUCCGCACCGUAGCCGAGCACUCGGGGCCCGAUAAGAACGACUUCUUCCUGCCGUCCGUCAUCGCGGUGAGCGUCGCCUUUGCCACCAAAUUCAGCCUGUUCCUGUACUGCUGGGCGCUGCGCAACAAGUACAGCCAAGUCCGCAUUCUGUGGGAAGACCACCGCAACGACCUCUUCAUCAACGGCUUCGGUGUCCUGACCAGCGUCGGCGGCUCAAAACUGCGCUGGUGGAUCGACCCCAUGGGCGCUCUCAUCCUCUCCGUCCUCAUCAUCUUCCUCUGGAGCAGAACCGCCUACUCCGAGUUUCAGCUCCUCAUUGGCGUUACCGCUGAUACCAAUUUCCUCCAGCACAUUACCUAUAUUUCAAUGACGCACUCCCCACACAUACUCCAAAUCGACACCGUCCGCGCAUACCACAGCGGGCCCCGCCUCAUCGUCGAAGUAGACAUCGUCAUGCACCCAGAUGCCUCGCUCCGCGCUACCCACGACGUAGCCGAGGAACUGCAGAUCAAGCUUGAGAGCCUGCCAGAUGUCGAGCGCGCCUAUGUCCAUGUCGAUUACGAGACGGAUCAUCGGCCUGAGCACUUUUUGAAAAAGGAGCUGUAAAAAUGGUCGAUGUUGUGUGUGAACUCAUCUGAGUUGAGUUGAGUUGAGUUGAGAUGAGUUGAGUUGAGUUUGGGUGAGGUGAGGUGAGGUGAGGUGAGGUGAAGAGAAUAAACGGCCGUGGCGAGUCGUGGGUACACGGGCGGACCGAGAGAAUCCGCCAUCUUCUUUUUCUUCGUCUUCUUCUCCUGUAUAUAUUUCAGUCAAGCUUUAGGCUUGUUU